UGAUUUCAACAGUGGUCCUUCGCUAUAACACAAGGUUCAUUAUUGCUAUUCUAACGAGUAGUAGCCCUUAAGAAUAGAUUUUGAAAAAUUAACUUUCAGUACAUAAGAGGCACGGUAUAAAAUGUCACUAAUCAAACGUAUUUUUGCUAAUGAGGGUCUUCGGAAAUUUGCAUAUAAUGCUUCCGGAUUUAAUCAGUAUGGUUUAAUGAGAGACGAUUGCCUACAUGAAGAUGCUGAUGUCGAAGAAGCAUUAAGACGACUACCAAAACGUUUAGUAGAAGAACGUAAUUUCCGCUUAAUAAGAGCUGCACAACUAAAUCUUCAACAAAGAGUUUUACCAAAAGAAGAAUGGACUAAAUACGAAGAGGAUGUAUUAUACCUCACCCCAUUGAUAGAAGAAGUGAAAAGGGAGAAGGAAGAAAGGGAAAGAUACGAAGCUCAAUGAAAGACAGUACCAUCUUACUAGUGAAUUUAUUUUAUACAAAGUAAACAUUAUAAAUAAUGUUGCUAUGUAUGUACAAUGUGUAAAAUAUUAAGUAAAACAUAAUUAUCGUUCGUUCAAUCUAUGUGGGUUUAAGAUAAAUAUAUAAUUCCUUAAAUUUAACCAUUUUUAGUUUAAUGAAAUAAAACAUAUUACUAUUAAA